UGGUGAAUGUACCUUUAUCAUUAAAUUUAUGUCUACACCACAGAUUCCCCAUUUAUAAAAGCCUCACACCUUUUCUUCUCUCUUCAUUCAACAACUCACACAUUUUUUAUUGGAGCCAUUAGCACUUAGUACUUUGCAUCAUUCUUCUCUGAUCUCAUUCCCAACCAUGACCACCACACAUUUCUUCUUCAUCAUCACCACUCUUCUCCUCUCAUGCCACACCCUCACCGGAGCCAGCGAUUUCGUUCGCCCCAUCGACCGGAGCCUCCUUGGCCUAAACAAAAAAGAGAAGGUUUCCCACUUCAAAUUCUAUUGGCAUGACAUCCUUAGUGGCCAAAACCCAACUUCAGUUUCGGUUGUUACACCACCCAUGACCAAGAUCAACACCACCACCGCAUUUGGGAUGGUCAACAUGAUCGACAACCCUUUGACCCUAGGUCCUAAAUUGAACUCCAAGCUUGUUGGAAGGGCUCAAGGAUUUUACGCCUCCGCUUGUCAAACCGAGAUCGACCUUCUUAUGGCCAUGAACUUUGCUUUCAUUGAUGGAAAAUACAAUGGAAGUUCCAUCACCAUCUUGGGGAGGAACGCCGUCUUCAACAAGGUGAGGGAGAUGCCAGUAAUUGGUGGAAGUGGAUUGUUUAGAUUCGCCAAAGGCUAUGCCGAAGCAAGGACUCAUUGGCUAGAUCUUAAAUCUGGUGAUGCUACUAUUGAAUACAAUGUUUAUGUUAUGCAUUACUAAAUUUGGUUUUUUUGCUUGACUUAUUUUACAUCAUUUAUGUUUUUUUUUUUUUUUUUACUCUCAAAUAAUUUUGAAUUAUAGUCUGUAAUAAAUAGUGAAGAUCUAAACAAAGAUAUCUUACUUAUAUUAAAUUUAUUAGAGGUUAUGAUUAUUAUCCCAGCAAUUGGUAAUAUUUGUUUUCUUAUUUGUCAUGAUUUUGAGUCUAUAAGGUAGAGGACAAUUAAUUUCUUGUUGUAUGUGAAUGAUUAUUCUUACCUUUACUUUUUCAAGUGGUGGAGCCUUGUGUUUAUGAACCACCACCUUUGUUUUGUCCUUUUAUCUGUUUCUGUUUUGUUUAGUUAAAUUGUAUCUUUGGUUGGUAUAAUAAUUUUGUAGUGAUGUCUCCAAUAAUGCAUGCAUACUUCCAAUAAGAUCUGAUGUAUGCAUCUCUUUAUUUGAAAUGCUAACAUCAAAGGAAUCCGAAGAAAGCAAAUAUAGGGAGUGGAUGAUUUAAAAUAGUAAAAGAGAAAUCUAAAAUUAGUCCCAGAAACUUAAUUUUUUAAAUUUUUAUUAUUUUUAUUAUUUUAGAAAUGUCUAAAAUUUAUUUUUGUAAUACGAAUUGUAUCUUUUAUUAGUGUGGUUAGUCAAUCAUACAUGUGUCAUACAUAUUAAGUUGCUAAUGUAAACGUUAAAUGUCCACAAACAAAGAAGGAAAAUUUGGUCCUCGCACGAUUGAUGAAGACUUCGAACAUGUUUCUCAUGUACUAUUUAUAUUGGGACCCAAUCUGAUUGUUGAUGUGUUUAGUU